GCCCCGCCCCGUGCUUCCAACCGGCCCCUUCACCCCCGCCCCGGGCCGGCCCGGCCGGCGGCUGCGCACUGCGGUUCUGCGCUCUCAUCAUGGCGGCGCGGGGCCAUGUGCAGGACCCCAACGACCGGCGCCUGCGGCCCAUCUACGAUUAUCUGGACAAUGGCAAUAAUAAAAUGGCAAUCCAGCAAGCAGAUAAGCUGCUCAAAAAACACAAGGAUCUUCACUGUGCAAAGGUUCUGAAGGCAAUUGGCUUGCAGAGGACUGGCAAGCAGGAUGAAGCGUAUGCUCUGGCACAAGAAGUGGCAGCACUUGAGCCCACAGAUGAUAAUUCCUUGCAGGCCCUCACCAUCCUUUACCGGGAGAUGCACAGACCGGAACUGGUAACCAAACUUUAUGAGGCAGCUGUAAAGAAGGUUCCCAACAGUGAAGAGUAUCACUCCCACCUCUUCAUGGCCUACGCCAGGGUUGGUGAAUACAAGAAGAUGCAACAGGCUGGAAUGGCACUUUAUAAGAUUGUACCCAAAAAUCCUUACUAUUUUUGGUCUGUGAUGAGCCUGAUUAUGCAGUCUAUUUCAGCCCAGGAUGAAAACCUCUCAAAGACAAUGUUUUUGCCACUAGCUGAGAGAAUGGUGGAGAAGAUGGUGAAGGAGGAUAAGAUUGAAGCUGAGGCUGAAGUCGAGCUGUACUACAUGAUCCUGGAACGUUUGGAGAAGUAUAAGGAAGCCUUAGAUGUUGUGAGAGGAAAACUGGGAGAGAAGCUGACAAGUGAGCUCCAAAGCCGUGAGAACAAGUGUAUGGCAAUGUACAAGAAGCUGUGUAGGUGGCCAGAGUGCAACGCGCUGUCGAGAAGGCUGCUGCUGAAAAACUCAGAUGAUUGGCAGUUUUAUAUAACUUACUUUGAUUCAGUGUUUCAACUCAUUGAUGAAUCCUGGACACCUCCACCAGAAGAAGAGCACUCUUUGGAAGGAGAGGUACACUAUUCUAUAGAGCAAGCUGUGAAAUUUAUAGAAGAGAGGAUAACAGAAGAAUCUAAGAGCUCUCGGCCGCUUCGGGGACCAUAUUUAGCUAAACUGGAGCUGAUCAGACGUUUGCGGUACAGAGGUUGUAAUGAUGAGUAUAAACUAGGUGAUCCAGAAGAACUAAUGUUCCAAUACUUCAAAAAAUUUGGGGACAAACCCUGCUGUUUUACUGAUCUCAAAGUAUUUGUGGAUCUCCUCCCAUCCAGCCAAUACACAAAGUUCAUCAGCCAGUUGCUGGCAGUAAUCCCUCUAUCAGCAGCAGCAGAGGGUGAACUUGCACUGCCGAGUGACAUCAAGGCCCUGCAGCAGCACUUGUGUGUGGUGCAGCUCUCCAGGUUGCUCGGUAUCUAUCACGCCAUGGAGAAGAAGCAGAAGCUGGCUGUGGUGCAGGAGUUGAUGUUGAGAUACCACCAUGGACUGGAGUUUGGGAAGUCUUGUUUGAAAACUGAAUUGCAGUUCUCAGACUAUUACUGCCUGCUUGCAGUUCACCUGCUGCUUGACCUGUGGCUGGAAGGUGAAGAGACAGCUGUGUGGCAGUGCCUGACCCUUUUAGAAGAAGGGUUAUCUCAUAGUCCUUCUAAUGCUCAGUUUAAAUUGCUGCUCAUUCGAAUCUACUGCAGGCUUGGUGCAUUUGAACCCGUUGCAGAGCUCUAUUCCAGCCUUGAUGCGAAGCACAUACAGCACGACACCAUCGGCUACCUUCUGACGCGCUAUGCAGAGGCACUGGGCCACUACGCUGCUGCAUCCCAAUCCUGCAAUUUUGCACUCAGGUUUUUCCACUCCAACCAGAAAGAUACCUCAGAAUAUAUCAUUCAAGCCUACAAGUACGGUGCGUUUGAGAAGAUCCCGGAGUUCAUUGCGUUUCGAAACAGGCUGAACUCUUCCCUUCACUUCGCACAAGUUCGCACAGAGAGGAUGCUCUUGGACCUCUUACUUGAAGCAAACAUAUCAACCAGUUUAGAAGAAAGUAUAAAGUCCAUGAGCCUGAGCCCAGAGGAGGAUGACAUUCCUUGGAAAGAUCUGCGUGACAAUAGAGAUCUCACAGUCUUGUUUAACUGGGAUCCAAAAGACAGGAACAUUUCUGAAGAACAUAAGAAACUCUCACUGGAGGAAGAAACCAUGUGGUUGCGAAUCCGGUCUUUAACUUUAAGGCUAGUAAGCGGACUCCCAACUCUUAGUCACACUAUUCAACCAAAGAACUCUGAAAAGACUGCAGAGAACGGCGUCUCAUCCAAGAUUGAUACAAUCCGAUCCCUGCUCCAGCAGCUGGAAGCGGCAGUGGAUUCAGGGAAGAAGUUUCUAGAACAAAAAAUUCAGUAUCCUGUCCUUGGCCCUCCUCCUACCCGAAUGGCUGGCUUCUUCAGCAAUGGCAGCUGUCAGUGCCAGACUAGCUUGUUUUAUCUUGUUAGUGAUAUUUAUGAACUAGAUACCAAUGGCUUAGAAGAUUCAGCAGAAAUCCAGGAGAGGAUAGGGAAUAGUUUCAAGUCUUUAGUAGAACGACUGACAGACUUGUUCAAUAAAUGUAAAGGUGAUUUGAUUGAAGUCAGAGAUGGCACCUUGAAAACUCACCCAAGCCUGUUAGAAAACCUGGUCUUCUUUGUUGAGACGAUCUCCAUCACCCUGUGGGUAUCGAGUUACUGUGACAGUGUCCUCCGACCUUUUAAAUCCAACCUGCAGAAAAAGAAGAAGAAAAAAAAAGAAAGCAGUUUAGCCAUGCCACCUGUAUUUACACAUUUCCUGGAUUACGUUACUGAGCUACAGACGUUAACUUCCAAUGUUAUAGAUCACAUCAAAGGGCUUGAAAUCAUUCUGGCUGCACUAAAACUUGAAGAGCUGUCCCUCAAGGACACUCUGCUUUUACAGGAAGAAAAAAAGUUUACAAAGACUGUGCAAGGGAAAGUGCAGAGCAGUUACCAUCACUCAGUUCAGGAAAUUGGAGAGCUGCUGAAAAAGAGACUCGAUACCAUUAAAAAACUAAAGAUUUGAGAACUGCAUCCUUGACAGACUCCACAGGGGGGUGACACCAGAGUCCCAGACAGAAGCAACAUCCAAUAUACCAUCACUUUAAUCCAGAACUUCCUCAUAAUGCAUGAAGGACUUCAAAUCAUAAAUCAAUUUUUUUUAGGUAUUACAGAUGUAUUGAGGUGAUUUAAAUUAUUGUACAUAAAUGAGAAGCAGGGACCCUUAUGGGGGUUUGACCACUUUUUAUACAUGUUCAUAAGCAUAUUGCAACAGGAGAAAAUUCACUUUCUUCCCUUCCAAUCUCUAGAAACAACUGGAGAUGGUCUUUAGAAGCAGCAAUAGAAAUCCAGUGUAAAGCAUAUAUCUCAAAGGAGUUGUAUUUUCAUCACCAUACAGUGUUUAUAAUUUUUGUAUGGUCUUUGCCUUAGAAAUGCAGAAUUUGUAGAUGCAUUCGGCCACCUCCAGUGAAAUGAGCCUGUUUUGGAGCAAUUGUGUCCUCAAGCCACUGGGUCCUACUGGAUGAAUUCAGUGUGGUGAUCCCACAGGGGAGGUGAGGCUGUGCUGGAGGAACACUCUCAGUGUACAGCCAGCCAGCAAGGGUGGGAGUGAGCCGGGCCUGGUGGCAGGCAGGUUCCUCUAAGGAGAGAGCUGCUGGAGGGGAGAGGUGGCAGUGGUGGUGUGUACGUGGGUUGUUUCCAUGUUUGGAGUAACUGCAAACCUGCUGAGGAGCGAACCUGGCCACUAAGCUUGAGAGAGAGAUGUGAAUUGGUGUUUCAGCAACCAAGACAAAACCAGAGACCUUGUAUAUAAUGGCUGCAGUGAAGUCUGACGCUGUGGCCUGGUUCCAUGUCGGUUCAAUGUCAAGGCAAUCAUCAUGACUUUUACAAAGUGUAUUUAGAUUACUGAAACUUUAAGACGUCAAUAUUUUAAUAGCAACUGAAUUGGGUUUAAGUUGGCAGAGGUAACUUUUGCUUCCGCUGUGGUAUGAGGCUGAGAAUACUUUCUGUAACUGUUUGCUUGCUUUUUGCAGUUGAUCUUUGAUGAUUUGAGUACUUGCUCAUUAGGUGUUCUGUUAGAAAGUGCAGUCGCAUCAUCUGCUCCCACUGCAUCUGCAUUUCUGCCAGGGGUUUUCUUCGUUUUAAAGGAGUAAUGCAGCCUAAAUUGUAGGCAAAAAGGAGAUUAUGUGAACCUGCAAUACAGGGGCAGGUCAGACUUUACAGAUUCCUCAUUUCUGUUUUAAAGCAGCUAGUAUCUGAGGUCUAUAUUUAAAGUUUUAAGAGCUGACAAUCCUGCCUUUGUCAUCUCUCUCUGUUUUAUUAGUGAUGUUAGAAUGUUGAGGAGAGUAUUUUUUUAAAUAAAUCCCCUGUAUAAAAAAAAAAGAAAAA